AUGUCCUCUACACCUGCGAGGUGCCUCGAUGCUAAAUCGGGCCCGGCAGAUUUGGAUUCCGGGAUACCAUUUCAUCAGAAGUACAAGAUUGCAUCAUUUUCAGAAGAGGGGAAACUUUGGCCUGUCAUCUGGCAGGAAGCUGAAUACAACCAAAGCUUGUUUUGUACCCAAUUAGGACAUCACUGCUGGCUGAGCCGUCGCAUAUCGCUGUGGUUGGAUGAUUAUACGAUUUGGGUUGCCGCAUGCGAUACGGAAAUACCGCCACAAUGCCAUCGUGCAUGGAUGCCCGUCGUUGGCGCGUGCGGCUUCAUCCGAUGCAGGUGGCCUUCUUUUCUCCUUCGCUGCCCGCUGCAGAUCUGUCUUGGCUCAAAGGAGAGAGCUUGGCGGUCACUCAAUCUGGUGACAGAGAAUAAGACCUCCUAUAAUCCGAGAACAUGGUAUUAUGUCUUCUAUGGAUUCUGUGAUAUGACAUCAAAAAUCUCCGCACCAGCCCUCCCGUUGAGCCAGGCCACCAACAAACUCUGA